GAUCGGAUUCGUCGUCUUGCCAUUCUGUCUGAUGGGCCUGCCGUUAGUAUUGUCAUUGGAGUAGCUGGAAAGAGAGAUCUCACCUCGGUUGGAGUUACAAAUUCCAUUCCUUGUGUAAAAGAGGUCGAAGAUAAGAGACCUGGUUGCCAACCACCUGGCCCAUCCACAACCAACGGGGAUGAGGACCUCGACCCCGAGGAUACCUCUGUCAUCUUCGAAGAACUCAAGAUGUGGAAGAGAUCCUGA